AUGGCCGAGAUCAGGUUGCAGGAUGGCGGCGGGCCGCAUGCAUCCAGGUCCUCCAGAGCAGAACUGGGCGAGGUGCCCUGCCUGACAGCCGGACUUCCAACGCCCGACUCCGUGCAGUCGCAGAAGGAGGCUCACAUCGCUAGCCUCGAGCGCGAACUUCGCGAGGGAGUAGCUCAGCUGGCAGAGCAGCAUCGGCGGAAGACGGAUGAGCUCCAUGCCAAGGCAAACCAGCAAAGGAGUCAGCUCAGUCUGGCACUGGAGAAGAUGGUCAAGGAGCAAGAGGCCCUGCUGGACAGACAGCACCAGGCCCAGAGCCAACAGCUCCAGGAAGCCGCCCAACGCCAGCUCACGGAGCUGAAGCAACAGGCAGAGCUUCUGGUGCAGGCCUGGAGAGCCCAGGAGGGGCAGAUCCCGCCGGCCCACAUCCGUGGCUUGCCACGAGAGUCUUUGAAGGUGCCCAGUGGCGGAAGCAUGCGGGUGGCCUGGCCAGCCUAUGCUGCAGGCCAGGGCGGCAGCAUGGCAGUCCUGGUG